AUGAAAUCCUCUUUUUCAACUUCGUCAUUAAUGAUCAUUUCCUCAAUAAAUCAAGAAUUAAAAGCCGAACAUUUAACAUCUUUAUUAUCUACAAUAUGGUGUUUGCUUAAUCAUUUAGCUAAUAACAGUGAUAGCAAUGAUAACAGGGAUAUUCCAGAUUAUAAAGGAACAUUUCGUAUUACUAAAAACUCAUCUUUAAACCAAAUAAUUCAUCUUUGGGCAUUAAAUUUACCAAAACUAUUAUGCGAAUUGAGAUUAAAUAAUCUUGAAAUUACAAAGAAUAUUCUUAGUAUUUUGUGCGAGUUUGCUAAACGGGGAGGUAAAGGAAUAUUUAAUGAAGAUAUAUUAUUACAAAUACAAACGGCAUUUGUUCCGUUCUUGUACAUAAAUUCUCCGCCACUAUCAUCCAAUUCAUCAUCAUCAAAUAAUUAUGGGCCAUUUAUAUCAUUGCCGGAAUCACUUCAACGUAAAACAAUUGAAUUUAUUUUUCAUUGUUCAAAAAUUUCCGAUGAAAUAAUUUACUCUUUAGAACAAAUAUUUAUUAAACAUUGUAAUAAAGAUAUUGUUAGUUUAGCGAUUAGAAAUUAUGCAAAUUGUUUAUUGAAAAAAAGUUCAAAAUUAAAUUUUUUGAUUAGUCAAUUAGGAAA